AUGGCAGGAACUCGAAGCGACUCCAUCUCCUCAGUGGUCACCACUGAUACCUACGUCGAAAGAGUUAUCGAUAACAUUGGUUACGGCAAGUUUCAAUACUGGCUCCUUGUCCUCUGUUCGGUCGGUUACUUUGCGAUAUGCGCUGAGUUGCUCGUUGUGGUAUUCAUCCAAGGCGAGAUCAUGGAGGAGUAUCAUCUUAGUCAAACCGGAUACGCUUUCUUCCCCUUCCUGACUUCCCUCCUAUCGAUGAUCUCCUCGACACUGUUUGGGUACCUUAGCGAUUGUAUCGGUCGUAAGUGGCCGUUCGUUAUUACUUUGCUUAUUUCCGCUCUGGCUGGUAUUGCCUCCGCCUUCUCCUGGAGCUUCUGGUCUCUGGUCAUGUUCCGCUGUAUCGUUGCUAUUGGUCUCGGUGGACUCACUUCGUUGGACUAUCUCGUCUACGUUGAGUUCACACCUCAGUCCCGAAGAUGCCUCUACUCUACUGUAGUCUUCAUUGGAGGUUGUCUCGGUGUCCUCUACUUGGCCGGGGUUAAUCUUGUCAACCUUUCCUUCUCCGGAAUCCCACAAUGGAGAGUUCUUCUUAUCCUGGCCGCGGCGCCCCUGCUCCCAACUGGGAUACUCAGGUGGUACUUCCGUUGUGAGACUCCGCGAUAUCUGAUGUCGCGAAGGAAACUUUCCGAGGCUCAUAUGGUGCUGGUCCAUAUGGCUAAAGAAAAUAAAUGUGACUCUGCAACGGUCCCGCCUCUCGAUGAAUUCACUUGUAGAGCUCAGGAGGAGGCUGUCGGUAAGGUGUCGUCAUCUGAGUCGGAGAAGCUCGGCUUUUUCGAGGCACUCGGAAAGAUUUAUCAUGGUGAAGAGUUUGACCGAGCUACUAUUCCAUUAUGUUUGAUUUGGUUAUUGCAGGCUACUGCCUAUUGGGGUCUCACACUUUUCCUGCCAGGCUUCCUGGUCGAAUCUGGUCUCAACCCAAAUUUUACGCUCUUUCUGAUGGUCCUUUGUGAACUCCCUGGUACAGCAGUUAUCGCCGUGCUGCUGAAGAAGAUGUCCAUGAGUGUAUGUCUUCGUAUCUUCCAAGGAUGUGCAUGCUUGGCCUGCCUCUGGUGCACCUUAGCUUCGUAUUUCAAUGCCCCUGUCGUAGUAGCUGUUGCUUCGUGCGCUAUUUACUUCUUCCUAAUCCCCUGUUGGUGCAUUAUUUACGUUAUAACUCCCUCUGUCUAUCCUCCACGCUAUCGAGGUUCAGCUUCAGGGAUGCUCACCGCAGUGGCUGGUGUGACUGGGGUUGUUUCCCCGUUCAUAUCAGCUGCGAUCUCCGAGUCGUCUGAGGGACGUCAAUGGCUCUAUAUGGCAGUCUGGACGGUAGUGGUUGGUGCCAACUUCCUCGUUGCCCUCAUUUGGCUGAAGAUCAAGAACGAAAGAAAGAAUAACUCUUGA